AUGGCUUCCAAUAGUAUCAAACAAAAUGAAUGGUAUACAAUUUCUUGUGGUAAUUUUACAUUUACAUUACCUAUACGAUAUCAAGAUUUAGUUCCUAUUGGACAAAAAACUCAUACUAUCGUAGUUCGUGCAACUGAUAUUACAACCGGUAAACAUGUCACUAUUAAAAAACUUCUUCAUCCAUUUCAAACUCACAUAUAUGCAAAACGAACCUAUCUAGAACUUAAACUGCUUAUGUAUCUCAAUCAUCCUGAUGCACAACUUGCACAAUUAUAUAAUGUAUUUACACCUGAACAAACUGUAAAAGAUUUUCAAACAUUAUACUUGGUUUUAAAUUUUGUUGACUAUGAUUUGCAUCGAGUUAUAGCAUCUUAUGAACCAAUGACAGAGGAACUUAUUAAACUAAUUAUAUAUUCACUUUUACGUGGUUUAAAGUUUAUUCAGUCAGCUGGUAUUAUUGUUCGGAACUUGAAACCAACAAAUAUUGGAGUUGAUCGAAAUAGCAAUGUUACAAUUCUUGAUUUUGGAUUAGCUCGUAUUGCACCGAUUGGCUCUGACAUGGAUUGUUUUGUCACCAAACUGUGGUGUGCACCAGAAAUUUACCUCAAUGAGAUAAUAUGUGAUGAAAAAGUUGAUCUAUGGUCUGUAGGUUGUAUAAUGGCUGAAUUAAUUCUACGUAAACCACUUUUUUUGGGAUAUAAUACAAUUGAUCAAUUAAAUAAAAUAUUUGACAUUAUUGGUACACCAAAUUCAACAACAUUACAAGAGAUAUGUACACCAGAGGCAUCUGCUUAUAUCAAUCGAAUGAAACCUAUCGUCAAGAAAAAUUUUAAUGAACUGUUUGGUUUUAAAUAUGAUCCAUUAACAAAAAACACAAUAUCUGGUGUUUCACCAGAAGGUGUUGAUUUACUUGAGCAUCUUCUAUCUUUUGAUCCUCGUCAACGUCCAACUGUCGAACAAGCCUUAAGUCAUCGAUUUUUGGAAUUUUACCAUGAUCCAAUGGAUGAACCAACUAUAGAACCUAUGAUUGACGAACAUGAAGAUGCAGUAUAUAGUAAAGAACAAUGGAAAUCUAUUGUAUGGCAAAUGGUUCAAGAGUUUUCACCACCAUUAUGGAUUAAUGAUGAUUCAAUGAACGAUUCAUAA